AUGACAGAGUUCGCCACAUAUCCCGAUCUGGCCGGCAAGGUAGCGCUGGUCAUGGGCGUAGGACAAUCCGGCCCCGAGGACGCUCAAACAUGGGGCAACGGCGCUGCCAUCGCCCGCGUGCUCUCAUACAACAAAGUCAAAAUCUUCGGCUGUGAUCUGAGCCUGGGUGCCGCAGAACUCACCGCACGACGACUCCGGUCUGAAGGAGGAGUCUGUGAUGUGACGACGGCAGACGUGACAAAAUCAUCAGAUGUACAACGAGUUGUAGACGCUAUCAUGUCCAAGUAUGGCAGAAUAGACAUCCUGGUGAACAACGUUGGCACCACGGUGUCAGGGGACCCAGUCACUCUCACAGAAGAACAAUGGGACAAGCAGAUGAACAUCAACCUUAAGACCGUCUAUCUCGCAUGUCACUCAGUAUUACCGAUCAUGGAGAAGCAAGGAUCCGGCUGUAUCAUCAACAAUGCAAGUAUCGCUGGGCUGCGGUAUCUCGGCAAGCCGCAAGUCGCGUAUAAUGCGGCAAAAGCGGCUGUUAUACAUUUCACAAAGGUCACGGCAGUGUUGUACGCCGCAAAAGGCAUACGCAUCAAUGCAGUCGUCCCGGGCUUCAUGAUGGUGCCACUCGUCGAGCAAUUUGGGCGGAGCGACGACGAGGCUGAACGAGAGACGUACCGGAAGAUUACAGAAAACAACGUACCCAUGGGCAGAAUGGGUGAUGGACACGAUGUCGCCAAUGCCGCAACAUUCCUUGCGAGUCAGUCAGCGAAGUAUGUCACUGGUCAUCCUCUGAUAGUGGACGGAGGAUUAACAUGCUCAACGGGGACUUGA